CAUCAUCCGACACACGCCGACAGACAGCCGGGGCUGUCCUCCGCCUCCGCGCCGGGCUCCCAUCAUGCAUCUGUGACUGCGGGCUAAGUUGCUCCCGGCUGCCGCCGUUCCUGCUCCAACUUCUCCCCGCCGCCGCUGCUGCUGUCAAACUGGAUUUCCGACCUUGGCCGUGCGCCGCGGAGAGGAACUUCGCAAGGAGAGGGGGGCUUGGAGAGGACUGAGGCUUUGCGCGCUCCGCGUCAGCUCCUCACCAGGAGAGAAAAGUCCAUUGUUCCAUUUGGAGCAUCCAGUUUUGGCGUUGGAGGAGUGGAUGAAGUUUCAGGAAGAAAGGAGCAGAAGGAGAAAGUGUGACAUGCAUCGAUUUUGAGGGAGGGAAAAGUGCAUGGAGACGUUUGGACUUAACCUGGAUUUAUCUGAGGGAGUUCAUUAGAGAAAACCCCGCGCGCUGCUUGGGGACUCACAGUGGGGGGAAACCUGUCAGUUUGGGCUUUUGUGGAGUAGAACUCCAAAGCAAACAGAGACUGUCUGACCGAAUUUCCCCCCCGCUCGCCGUAACAGCAACAGCUCGGCGCGCUGUGCCAGGUUUGGACGCAGGUUCCCAGACGCACACGGAUCCGGACUCUAACAGAAUGUCUCGAGCUCGCGGGGCACUUGCUGUCCAGUCAGGCAGAUCUAAAAGGAUGGAAAAGUGCUGGGGGGGAUCGAUGUGGCGCGCCACAUGGAUUGUAUUUUUCUCCUUGCUGCUGCACUCCGCGCAAGCUCAAGAUGAUGUGCCGCCCUACUUCAAGACAGAGCCAGUACGAAGUCAGCUCCAUCUUGAGCGCAACAGACUGGUGCUGACCUGUAUGGCAGAGGGAAGCUGGCCCCUGGAGUUUAAAUGGAUCCACAACAACACAGAACUGACCCGCUUUUCCCUGGAGUACAGGUACCUAAUCCCUUCGUUGGAUCGGUCCCAUGCUGGCUUCUACCGCUGUAUCGUGAGGAAUCGAGUGGGCGCCCUUCUACAAAGGCGAACAGAAGUACAAGUGGCCUUUAUGGGUAGUUUUGAGGAGGGAGAGCGCAACCAGUCGGUCUCUCAGGGGGAAGGCGCCGUGGUUCCCGCGCCACGAAUCCGCAGCUUCCCUCAACCGCAAGUCACCUGGUACAAAGACGGACACAAGAUUCCACCCACCAGCCGCAUAGCCAUUACUCUGGACAACACUCUGGUUAUCUUGUCGACAGUGGCACCAGACGCCGGGCGCUAUUAUGUGCAGGCGGUAAAUGACAAGAAUGGGGAGAACAAGACCAGCCAGCCCAUCACCCUGUCAGUAGAGAAUGUUGGAGGUCCAGCAGACCCCAUCGCCCCCACCAUCAUCAUCCCUCCCAGGAACACAAGCGUGGUCACAGGGACCUCAGAGGUCACAAUGGAAUGUGUGGCCAAUGCAAGGCCUCUCAUUAAGCUGAGUAUUUCCUGGCGUAAGAACGGCGUGUUGGUGAGCAGCGGUUUGAGCGACUACAACCGGCGCCUCACCAUCCUCAGCCCUGUGGUGAGCGACGCCGGCUACUACGAAUGCGAGGCUGUUCUCCGCAGCAGCAGCGUGCCUUCAGUCAGUGCCGGUGCACAUCUGCACGUACUUGAGCCACCACAGUUUAUAAAAGAGCCCGACAAACACAUCACCGCUGAGAUGGAGAAGGUGGUGGACAUUCCCUGUCAGGCACGGGGAGUGCCCCAGCCAGACAUUGUGUGGUACAAGGAUGCCCUACCCAUUGAUCCAGUGAAGACGCCCAGGUACAGGGUCCUGGUGGGAGGCAGCCUGCAGGUCAAUGGCCUGCUGCCUGAUGAUACCGGCAUGUUUCAGUGCUUUGCCAGAAACAUGGCAGGAGAAGUUCAGACCAACACAUAUCUUGCUGUUACCAGCAUUGCGCCGAAUAUCACAGCCGGACCUUCUGACAGCACUGUGAUCGACGGGAUGUCAGUCAUCCUCCACUGUGAGACCUCAGGAGCUCCGAGACCGGCUAUAACCUGGCAGAAAGGUGAGCGUGUUUUGGCCAGCGGUUCAGUGCAGCUACCCAGGUUCACUCUGCUGGAGUCAGGCAGCCUGCUCAUCUCACCUUCACACAUCUCGGAUGCCGGGACCUACACAUGCAUGGCGAGCAACUCCAGGGGCAUCGACGAGGCAUCUGCCGACCUCAUUGUGUGGGCUCGAACUCGAAUUACCACUCCACCACAGGACCUGAGCGUUAUCAAAGGAACUAAAGCUGUUAUGACCUGUGGAGUCACACAUGACCCCAGUGUAAUUAUCAGGCACGUCUGGGAGAAAGACGGCUCAGUGAUCAACGUUCAGUCCGUCCCCCGCAUGCAGCUGUCCGCCGACGGCACCCUGCACAUCUCCCAGACCUGGUCGGGUGACAUCGGCACGUACACGUGCAGGGUCACUUCAGUCGGAGGCAAUGACUCUCGGAGCGCACACCUCCGUGUCAGGCAGCUCCCCCACGCUCCGGAGAACCCCACAGCCGUGCUGAGCAAGUCGGAAAAAAGAGCCAUUGACCUGGCCUGGGCGAAGUCUUUCGACGGCAACAGCCCCCUCAUCCGCUACAUCCUGGAGGUUUCUGAGAACAACGCUCCCUGGGCCAUCCUGCAGGCCAAUAUUGAACCGGAGUCCACAGCAGUGACGGUGAACGGUUUGAUCCCAGCUCGCUCCUAUCAGUUCCGCCUCUGUGCCGUUAAUGAUGUGGGGAAGGGGCAGUUCAGCAAGGAGACAGAGCGUGUGUCUCUCCCGGAGGAGCCCCCGAGUGCUUCUCCUCAGAAUGUCAUCACCAGCGGGCGCACCAACCAGUCCAUCAUGAUCCAGUGGCAGCCUCCGCAGGAGAGCCACCAGAACGGGAUCCUCAGGGGCUACAUUGUCCGAUACCGCCUCACCGGGCUGCCUGUGGAUUACCAAAUCAAGAACAUCUCCAGUCCAGAUGUGACCACGCUGCUCCUGGAGGACCUCAUCAUCUGGACAAACUAUGAAAUUGAGGUGGCGGCUUACAACGGGGCGGGACUUGGGGUUUUCAGCCAUAAAGUCACCGAGUGGACUCUCCAGGGAGUUCCAACCAUCGCUCCGGGAAAUGUGAAAGCCGAAGCGGUCAACUCGACGGCGAUCCGUUUCACCUGGAACGCUCCGAACCCGCAGUUCAUCAACGGCAUCAACCAGGGCUACAAGCUGCUGGCCUGGGAACCAGGGAAAGAUGAAGAAGUUGCUAUGGUAACCGUGCGACCGAACUUCCAGGACAGUGUUCAUGUGGGCUAUGUGACAGGUCUGAAGAAGUUCACUGAGUAUUACACGUCGGUGCUGUGCUUCACUACACCUGGAGACGGCCCCCGCAGCCCGCCUAGAGCAGUGAGGACUCACGAGGACACCCCUGGUGCCGUAGGUCAUCUGAGCUUCACAGAAAUUCUGGACACCUCCCUCAAAGUCAGCUGGAGUGAGCCCAAUGAGAAGAAUGGAGUUCUCACAGGUUAUCGGAUCUCCUGGGAGGAGUUCAAUCGCACCAACACCAGAGUCACUCACUACCUGCCGAAUGUUACCUUGGAGUACAGGGUGACUGGGCUCACCGCGCUUACCACCUACACCAUUGAAGUGGCAGGGAUGACCUCUAAGGGUCAGGGCCAGCUAUCAUCCUCCACCAUUUCUUCUGGGGUCCCACCAGAGCUUCCUGGUCCCCCCACCAACCUUGCCGUCUCCAACAUUGGCCCACGCUCUGUCACGCUUCUGUUCAAGCCUGGUUAUGAUGGCAAAACCUCCAUUUCUCGUUGGUUGGUGGAGGCUCAGGUGGGUGCAGUUGGAGAAAAUGAAGACUGGGUGAUAGUCCACCAGGUCUCCAAUGAACCUGAGGCUCGAGCGCUGGAGGUGCCAAACCUCAACCCUUACACUUUAUACAGAUUUCGAAUGCGUCAGGUCAACAUCGUGGGCACCAGCCCUCCCAGUCAGCCCUCAAGGAAGAUCCAGACCCUUCCGGCUCCACCUGACAUCUCCCCCGCCAACGUCACCCUGCGCACUGCCAGUGAGACAAGCCUCUGGUUGCGAUGGAUGCCUCUGCCUGAGUGGGAGUACAACGGGAACGCAGAGCAGGUGGGGUACAGGAUCCAGUACUACCGCGUUGGCUCACAGGGUCACGGCUUGAUCCAUGUCAUCGCCGACCGUCUGGAGAGGGAAUUCACUAUUGAGGAUCUGGAGGAGUGGACGGAGUACGAGGUCAGGGUCCAGGCUGUUAACCACAUGGGAGUUGGACCUUGGAGCCAGCCGGUGAGAGGCAGGACGAGGGAGUCCGUCCCUUCAAGUGGACCCAACAACGUGUCUGCCUUUGCCACCACCUCCAGCAGCAUCCUUGUGCGGUGGAUGGAAGUCCCAGAGCCCGACAGGAAUGGCCUCAUUCUUGGCUACAAGGUGGUGUAUAAAGAGAAAGACUCUGAAAAAGCCGCCCGUUUCUGGACCGUGGAGGGAAAUGCCACCCACAGCGUCCAGCUGAGCAGUUUAGGGAAAUACGUCCUCUAUGAGAUCCAGGUCCUGGCCUUCACCCGGAUUGGAGAUGGACGGCCCAGUUCUCCACCCAUCCUGGAGAGGACUUUGGAUGACGUGCCAGGACCUCCAGUGGGAAUCCUGUUCCCUGAAGUGCGGACCACCUCCGUCAGGCUGAUUUGGCAGUCUCCUUCCCAACCAAACGGCAUCAUACUGGCCUACCAGAUCACGUACUACCUGAACUCCAGCAACAGCAACACGGCCACUGUGAACGUGUUGAACCCCAGCGCUCGCCAGUACAUGGUGACUAACCUCAAGCCAGAGUCCGUCUAUGUGUUUCGCAUCACCGCCCAGACCAGGAAGGGGUGGGGGGAGGCGGCUGAAGCGCUGGUGGUUACUACAGAAAAAAGAGCUCGUCCCCAGCCCACCAGCCGUCCCUUGGUCCCUCAGAAACACGUUCAAGCCCGCCAGGUCUUACUUUCGUGGGAGCCGGGCAGCGACGGGCUGUCCCCCGUGCGCUACUACACCGUUCAGCUGAGGGAGCUCCCUGACAAGAACUGGACGGUCCACUCAGCCUCCGUCAACCACGAGGCGGCCUCCUACAUAGUGUCCAGGCUGAAGCCCUUCACAUCCUACCAGUUCCGAAUAAAAGCCACCAAUGACAUCGGGGACAGUGAGUACAGUGAAGAAAGUGAAGCAAUCACAACUCUGCAGGAUGCUCCAGACGAAGCGCCAGCGAUACUCUCUGUGACGCCUCACACAACAACAUCGGUGCUGAUCCGCUGGAAGCCGCCUUCAGAGGAGAAGAUCAAUGGAAUCUUACUUGGCUUUCGGAUCCAUUACCGCGAGCUGCUGUACGACCGUCUGCGCAAUUACAUUCACACAGUCAACAGUGCCUUCACCUGGGCUGACCUCACAGCUCCCUACAGCGUCCGGAAUCUGAGUGAUUCGACUCUCACCCACUAUGAACUAGACAAGUUAAGCAAACACAAGCGCUACGAGAUACGCAUGAGCGUGUACAACGCUGUGGGCGAGGGGCCGACCAGCCCGCCGCAGGAGGUGUUUGUUGGAGAGGCAGUCCCUACAGCCCCGCCGCAAAACGUCGCCAUUCAGUCUGCAACGGCCACCCAGUUGGAUGUGACCUGGGACCCUCCACCUGUAAAUGCACAGAAUGGGGACAUCCAAGGAUACAAGAUUUACUUUUGGGAGUUCCAGCGUAAAAAUGUGACAGAGCGCCUCCGAACUCUUUUCAUGCCUGAGGCGGGAGUGAAGCUGAAGAACCUGACUGGCUACACCAACUACAUGAUUAGUGUGGCGGCCUUCAAUGCUGCAGGGGACGGACCUCGCAGCUCGCCAACGAGAGGACGCACUCAGCAGGCGGCUCCAAGUGCUCCAAGUUUCAUUCACUUCAGUGAGCUGACCACCACCUCGGUUAAUGUCUCCUGGGGUGAACCCACCUUCCCAAACGGCAUCAUUGAGGGCUACCGUCUGAUCUACGAACCCCUAACACCCGUAGAUGAGUCUUCAGUGGCCUGUGCCGACUGUCUUCACUCCCCCUCCCCCCCAGGCGUCAGUAAGACUGUGACAGUGGACGUGAAGGGGAGCGGACCCCUAUGGUUGAAGCUCAGAGACUUGGCAGAUGGCGUCACGUAUCACUUCCGUAUCCGGGCCAAGACCUUUAUGUACGGCCCUGAGGUGGAGGCCAACAUCACCACAGGACCAGGGGAAGGGGCCCCAGGUCCCCCCGGAGAGCCUUUUAUCACACGCUACAGCUCCGCCUUGACGAUUCAUUGGGCCAGUGGUGAUCCAGGCCGUGCACCGAUUUCACGUUAUGUCAUUGAGGCCAGACCCUCAGAUGAGGGUUUGUGGGAUAUCUUAAUCAAGGAUAUCCCUAAGGAUGCAACAUCGCACACAUUCAACAUGGACAUACUCAAACAAGGCGUCAGCUACGACUUCCGGGUAAUCGCAGUGAACGACUAUGGCUACGGCUCUCCGAGUCUACCUUCUCCCUCCAUAUCUGCACAAAAAGUGGCUCCUUUCUAUGAGGAGUGGUGGUUCUUGGUGGUGGUGGCGCUGGUGGGCCUCAUUUUUAUCCUGCUGCUGGUGUUCAUCCUCAUCAUCAGGGGACAGAGCAAAAAGUAUGCCAAAAAGACAGAAUCAGUGUCUCUGUGCGUGUGUUCAGGUAACAACUCCAACUGCAACGCUCUGACCCACGGAGACAUGGUCAGCCUGGACGAGGGACGCUUCCCCGCCCUGGAGCUCAACAACCGACGGCUGUCUGUGAAAAACUCCUUCUGCCGCAAGAACGGCGUCUACACCAGGUCUCCUCCCAGGCCGAGUCCUGGCAGUCUCCAUUACUCCGACGAAGACUUGAGCACCAAGUACAACGACUUGAUCCCCGCAGAGAGCAGCAGCCUGACCGAAAAACCCUCCGAGAAGUCGGACUCACAGGAGGCGCUGGUGUUUUCCUAUGGGACAGGUGGCCAACAUACACUACCACUGCAUUUGGGCAGUGACAGUGAGUACGAGGUCGACCCAAACAGACAAAAGACCCACUCCUUCGUCAACCACUACAUCAGUGACCCGACGUACUACAACUCGUGGCGCCGCCAGCAGAAAGGGAUAUCUCGAGCGCAGGCUUACAACUACUCGGAGUCCGAGUCGGAGCACGGCGCCCCACCGCCUCUGCCCCCUCUACCUCCGCUGCCGCCCCAGCUCAGCUCACCCAGUCCUCAGCCUCAGCAAGCUCAGGGCCAGCCCCAGGGCCAAGGCACCCUGUUCAGGCCCAAGGGGAGCCGGACUCCCACCCCUUCCCAGCAGAGCUCAAACCCUCCGAGCCAACACGGAACCCUGUACAGGCCGCCCAGCAGUCUAGCACCCGGAUCGCGGGCCCCUAUUGCCGGCUUCUCCUCUUUUGUGUGAGAAAAACAGAAGAAAAGGACAUAAUAACUUGAAAAAUCCGCCUUGAGUGAAGAAGAGUAAAGGCCAAUCAAGUCUAUUGCUUAUACAUCGUCUUUUUUUUGCAUCUUCUUCAGUCAGACAGCAAACUUUUAAAUGUCGUUUUUUUUCCCUUUUAUUGUGGAGAAAAAGAUCACGUCGAUGUCAUCCACCUGUUUCUUUUGCUAACAAAAUGACUUGCAUGGGUUUUGCUUUCACGUUUGUGUUUUUUUAAGCCAUCGGUUAAUAUCGUUUGCUCUGUACAAAGUCACAGGAAUCUUUGAGAACACACAAACCGUACCAAUAAAUAUGAAAAUAUUAUGUAUAGUAUAUAUAGUAUGCAUAGCUAGAAGUCAAAAUGGACUCUGUCCAGCCUCUGCAUUGAUGGAGAUCCACCCCGGAGCCAUACGAGGAAGAACAAGGCGUUCGGAUUUGAGAAAAGACGGACAUGAAGUUGGUGCCAUAUUGAUGGAUUUUUCUCUAAGGGAUGUUUGCUAAGUGACAAUGAAAAUCAAGCCUUGCGUAUAUUCAUGGCUCAAUAGCACACGAAUGCACAGAACUGUCGAGCACGGUGCGACAAACGUCACUGAUCACGCCGUUUCCUACAGAUAUAUGAGACGUGUGUAUAUCUGUUCAAAGUGGUUUAAGUCUUUUGUGAGUGCUUUACUGUGGAUCGAAGCUGCCUUGAUUAGGAAAAAAAAAGAGUCCAAGACAUUUCUAAAGAGUGGCAGAACUGCUGAGGGGUGCCCUUGACUGCGUCUCUAUGGUGACCCCCGCACUCCAAGAGCCUUCUUUUAACCCUGACAGGACGGGGUUGCGGAUUGAUUUGCAUAAGCAGCAAAUAUUUCGUAAUUCAUGUAUCAUUUUAAAAGUGUCAAAGUGUUAGAGACUGUCCUGUUUGGGCACUUGGGUGUGAUUUUAUUUUAAUUUUUUUCUCCUUUUCCUUGCUGCAAAAAUGCUUCACAGACCACUAUCACUAUAGACAAGAGAUGAUGUCAUUGAAUUGCUUCACUACUUUCCCUAUUGUGUGCUAUUCAGGUGUGACUGUGCUGGUGUGUGCACGAGUGUGAGAACGCAAAGCUUCAUUCACUGUAUGUUUAUACAAAGGAUUUGUCCUGCAGCAACUUCAGACCCACCUGGAGGAUGACGUCAUCCCUCCGCCCGCCACUCGUUACGCUAUAGUGAAGACUCAGUGCUGUGUUCCUAGCUUCCAUUGCUCAAAAAGCAGAUGAAGAGGCCAUCUACUUCCUUCCUUUUUUGUUUAUUUCUUUUCUUUUUUUCUUUCUGUGGGGUGACUUCAUUGUGCGCAGCAACGGCUUAUCAUGCAGCAUCUGAAUGAAUAUAUGGUCACAGUACAUUUCUGAAAUAAAUUAUUUUUCAAUGUUG